UUAAGAAAGUGUUUGUUUAUUUGCAGCAGUGCUUUUGCGGUUUUGUUUACCGUUGCUGUUUUUUUUAAAGAUACAGACUCACUCUUUAAACAGCCUUGAAUUCAGAAUAACUGUGGAUUCGUCGCUUUGGUCCAAAAUAUGUGCUUUCAUGCAAAAUGCGGAUAUCAAGAUCUUAAGUACAGCCUACUCAAAGAAAAGUAUGCAAAAAAAAUCAAGGAAUGGCUGUUGAUCCAGUAAUCAUUUUAACGAAUGCUCUUUACGCGCGACUCUGGGCAUGCUGCAGUUUCGAGGAGGAGAGUACAAAUUAAGUUGUGAAAAUGAGUAAUGGACCACAAGAUCGCUGACCCUUUACAUAACCCACGAGUGCAAUAGGAAUUUUACUCUAUAGUCAAGUGCAAUUAUUUUGACAUGGACAAUGGAUAAUAUAAGAAUUGCAGUAAAUGGUGUUUCUUUUAACGAGACAGCCGAGAUCUACAAACCACACGCUGAUCCGUUCACUGGUCCAAUAACACAUCUUGCACCUUGGAAUUUCGCAGUUUUGGCUACGUUGAUGUUUGUUGUAACAUCUCUGUCUCUCUUUGAAAAUUUUACUGUUAUGUUGGCCACUUACAAGUUCAAACAGCUGAGACAGCCCUUAAAUUAUAUCAUUGUUAAUUUAUCUGUCGCUGAUUUCCUCGUGUCACUCACCGGUGGAACAAUAAGUUUUCUAACAAAUGCCAAAGGGUAUUUUUUUCUUGGAAAUUGGGCUUGCAUAUUGGAAGGUUUUGCUGUCACCUAUUUCGGGAUUGUGGCUCUGUGGUCCCUGGCAGUCCUGUCCUUCGAGCGUUUCUUUGUGAUCUGCCGGCCUCUGGGGAAUGUUCGUCUUAGGGGGAAGCAUGCGGCAAUGGGCCUGCUGUUUGUCUGGACCUUCUCCUUCAUCUGGACGAUCCCUCCUGUGUUCGGCUGGUGCAGCUACACCGUCAGCAAGAUCGGCACCACCUGCGAGCCAAACUGGUACUCCAACAACAUUUCAAAUCACGCAUACAUAAUCACCUUCUUUGUGACCUGCUUCAUAAUGCCCCUGGGGGUGAUCAUCUACUGCUAUGGGAAGCUCCUACAGAAGCUGAGGAAGGUGUCCCAUGGCAGGCUGGGUAACGCCAAGAAACCGGAGCGUCAGGUGACACGCAUGGUGGUGGUGAUGAUUGUGGCUUUCAUGGUGGGCUGGACGCCCUACGCAGCCUUCUCCAUCAUUGUCACAGCCUGUCCCACCAUCUACCUGGACCCCAGAAUUGCUGCUGCACCCGCUUUCUUCUCCAAGACGGCCGCAGUCUACAACCCAGUCAUCUACGUCUUCAUGAACAAACAGUUCAGGAAGUGCCUGAUUCAGCUCUUUACCGGCAAGCCUGCACCAGAGAACAUGAAUGCAACGUCGGAGCGACUGGGAAUGACGGGGGAGAGCUGCACUGGGGGCGAGAUGUCAGCCAUAGCAGCACGCAUCCCGGUCUGCGGCAACACCCAGCCUAAGAAUGAGGAGGCAUCCCCCAGCAAGUGCAGCUCCUUCGUCCAGCUGCCAAUCCCAGAGAACAAAGUCUGCCCCAUGUAGACCAACAGAAGACUAUCCCACCCCUGAACUCUCCUCCAUUCUUCACUGCCUUUUCAUCCUCCUCUUCCAUUGCUAUGCAGAUGCAUCUUCUCUUACCCACCAACUUCUUGUGGUAUGUGUUAGUUUAAAGAUGCCAGGUGUAACCACGAGGAUUCCCUGGUUGACUUGUUAUGUAUUAGUAGACAUGGAGGGAAACCGUAGCACAAAAGAGGGACAUCAUGUUUUCAUGUAUGGCAAGCAGCCAGAUCACCCUGACUGCAUCUAUCUGCUGAAAGUCAUCUGAGGCUAAGCAGGGUCAGGCCUGGUUGAUCUCUGGGGUAGGAGACCAGAUGCUGUUGGAAAUUGUGUUAGAGUGCCAGUAGGGGGCAUUCUUCCCUCCUCAAUACCUUAGUCCAUCCUUUCUGUGGACAUUGCUCCACAAAGGAUUCCCUUAUCCCUCAUACCACCAAUAUAUUUCACAGACAUGGAUUACCAACUGGGGUCAUUUUGACCCGAAGAAGAAACAAUUGGAAAAAGCAACAAUCAUAGCAAAAUAUCAAAUAAAUUAUUAUCAAAACAUCAUUAGAUUUAAGUAAAUAAAAUAAAUAAAUAAAAUAAAUACUUAUUUUCACAAAAUUACAUGUAAUUUGCAUAUUAUAGAAAACAAGAAUAUACAUUUCACAAUAAUGUGCAGCUCUUUUCCAAAAUACAAUCCACAAGUACUAUUAAGCCAAUUUACCAUCAUUUGAUUGUGUUAUCAUUUCGUUUUUUUUUAUGUUGAUGUAAAUAUACAUUUAGUCUUAUUUGGUAAAAAUGACUGGCAUUUUAAAGGUGCAGUACACCAACAUUUGAAAUAUACUUAAUUUUAAAAAGUGAUUAAUCCAUUGAACCUGUGAGACAAUGACCAACAAUAUGGCUUCGUUUUCUUUAUUUUCUUACCCCAAAGCCAGCAUGAGCAUCGUUGCUAGUGAAACAAUGGCAGUGGUAGGGCCUAUGGCUGUAGGCUUCAGAAAGCAUGCCCAAGUCUUCAGUCACUUCAAACCAAAUGUUAUAGCAACCCAAAUACCAUAACAAGUUGCACAUCUAGAAUAUUGGAGGAUUUUAUAGGAAUUCAUGUAUUUAUAUAACACUUCCCGUAGAAUUACUAUUUUUCGAAGAAUACACAGCAAUACAACACUAUAUGUACAUUUAGAGGGUAGCUGGUUUCUGUAUUACAGUUCUACCAAGUAUUCAUACUGACAUACUUUUAAUGAGCUGUUUUGACUGCAACUAAGCAUAUACAGUGGGGCAAAAAAGUAUUUAGUCAGCCACCAAUUGUCCAAGUUCUCCCACUUAAAAAUAUGAGAGAGGCCUGUAAUGUUCAUCAUAGGUACACUUCAACUAUGACAGACAAAAUGAGAAGGAAAAAAAUCCCGAAAAUCACAUUGUAGGAUUUUUUAUGAAUUGAUUUGCAAAUUAUUUGGUAUUUGGUCAAUAACAAAAGUUUAUCUCAAUACUUUGUUAUAUACCCUUUGUUGGCAAUGACAGAGGUCAAACGUUUUCUGUAAGUCUUCACAAGGUUUUCACACACUGUUGCUGGUAUUUUGGCCCAUUCCUCCAUGCAGAUCUCCUCUAGAGCAGUGAUGUUUUGGGGCUGUUGCUGGUCAACACAGACUUUCAACUCCCUCCAAAGAUUUUCUAUGGGGAUGAGAUCUGGAGACUGGCUAGGCCACUCCAGGACCUUGAAAUGCUUCUUACGAAGCCACUCCUUCAUUGUCCGUGCACGUCCGUUUGGGAUCAUUGUCAUGCUGAAAGACCCAUCCACGUUUCAUUUUCAAUGCCCUUGCUGAUGGAAGGAGGUUUUCACUCAAAAUCUCACGAUACAUGGCCCCAUUCAUUCUUUCCUUUACACGGAUCAGUCGUACUGGUCCCUUUGCAGAAAAACAGCCCCAAAGCAUGAUGUUUCCACCCCCAUGCUUCACAGUAGGUAUGGUGUUCUUUGGAUGCAACUCAGCAUUCUUUGUCCUCCAAACACGACAAGUUGAGUUUUUACCAAAAAAUUAUAUUUUGGUUUCAUCUGACCAUAUAACAUUCUCCCAAUCUUCUUCUUCAUCAUCCAAAUGCUCUCUAGCAAACUUCAGAUGGGCCUGGACAUGUACUGGCUUAAGCAGGGGGACACGUCUGGCACUGCAGGAUUUGAGUCCCUGGCGGCGUAGUGUGUUACUGAUGGUAGGCUUUGUUACUUUGGUCCCAGCUCUCUGCAGGUCAUUCACUAGGUCCCCCCGUGUGGUUCUGGGAUUUUUGCUCACCGUUCUUGUGAUCAUUUGGACCCCACGGGGUGAGAUCUCGCGUGGAGCCCCAGAUCGAGGGAGAUUAUCAGUGGUCAUGUAUGUCUUCCAUUUCCUAAUAAUUGCUCCCACUUGCUCCCACAGUUGAUUUCUUAUCGACCAAAUACUUAUUUUCCACCAUAAUUUGCAAAUAAAUUCAUUAAAAAUCUGAUGUGAUUUUCUGGAUUUUUUUCUCAUUUUGUCUGUCAUAGUUGAAGUGUACCUAUGAUGAAAAUUACAGGCCUCUCUUAUCUUUUUACAUGGGAGAAUUUGCACAAUGGGUGGCUGAGUAAAUACUUUUUUGCCCCACUGUAUAUAUAUCUAAAGACACUGAAGCAGCAAACUUUGUGGAAAUUAGUAUUUGUGUCAUUCUCUAAACUUUUGGCUACGACUGUAUAGGGGAAUUAUGUGAUUUUGGAUCAUUAGGUGAUUUUGGCUUCAUUCCAUUCCGUUUAUACCUUUCUGUCCUUUCCUCUGUCACGUCCGCAUUGGUGGAUCAUAUUAGGCAUAUUGUGCAAUAAUUGGGGACAUGUAUUUAUAUCAUUAUGGGACUCUGACUAUAUGUACCGGGUUAAACCUGGAGCCUGGUGCACGGUUCACGGCGACUGGACCAUUGUCAUACAGUUCCAUGAUUAGUGAGGAUUAGGGUAGAUUUAUAGGACUAUUGUUCAAACCUCAUUAUACACUUUUUUAUACCUUCCAAUAUUUCAUGGAUUGAACUUUAAUAUGACAACUUGCACAAUGAAUCAAACCCCUCCAUUUUUGAUUUGUCAAUAUAUUAAAGGCUCUCCUAACCAUUUAUUUUUAUUUUUAUGAAUCAUACAUAUUUUCCUAACCCAAAUAUGUGCCAAAAUAAUCUACAAGAUCAGAGUAUUUUUAAAUCUACCAGUUGGUGCUGAAACGGAGACAAAUAUGCAUAUAUGUAGAUGGAUUUUCUUUCAUUGAUAUCUAUAUUCUGAACCAGUUUUCUCUAUGUAUUCUAGUGAGUCUGACGAAAAAAAUUAUAAUUAAAGGUAUGGCUUAAGAUAAAUGUACUGAAACCCUAUUGAAUCAAAACUCCAUAAAUAAAUAUUUUAGCCAGCAAGUGGGACUGUGUUCAGAGGUUGAAUUAAAUGUAUUCAGCAUGCGGACGGGAACCACGCCUGCAAAGUCCAUUGCACACCUGCAUAAGGUAAGUCUGAAAACUAACUCCUGAGAAGUGCGUAGGAAAGGCGUACAUUUGACAAAGUCAUGAAACAUUUGAAAAACUGAAUAAAACACAUUCGGACUAUGAUCAAAAAUAUGCCUCUGGGGUUCAAAAGGACCCCAGUCGGUAGGAUGAGGGUUAAACCAAGGUCCUGAUUCUGUAAUCCCUAGAUUCCAUGGCCUCUCAUACAAUUAUGGCCCCCUAAUCAUCCCUUGUUAGCCCCUUCCCAAUACAAUACAAGAUUAUUUCAGCCCUUCGAAAAGUGCUAUACUUUAAAGGUUCAAUGCAGCAGUUUUGAUCUCAAUAUCAAAUCAUUUCUGAAGAAAAAAAAACAAAUAACUUCUUUGCAAAUAGCAAUUUCUGAAGCAAUAAUCUUUCUAGGACUGUUUGGGAGUGGUCUGAGUGGGGAUUGGAAAACUAAAAAAUACCUAUAUUAUAUUGGAAUCCCUCUUUCUUAUUGGUCUAUCGACUAAUUUACCGCCUGGAGAUGUCACCAGGCAGGCCAAAACUCCAUCGCACCAUAACAGGCUGAAAUUUCAGGCUAUCUUUUCAAACCGCUCUAGUACGAAAAGUAAAUGAUCAUAAUGUUCUACAUUUCACAGUAUUAAUCCAACCUUAGUGUGGAAAUAAGUAUUAAACACAGAAAAAUCACACUUUUGACUCCCCCGGGGCUUUAAACCCCCUCCAUCAUUACUUAUCAUUAUGACAAGGACAUUAAAUGUUUGUUGACAGUGAUUAAAUAGGAGCAAUUCAAUAAGCUAGAAAUUACGGUUGUAAAUAGACCAUUUUACUUGUCUGAUUCCAUCCCCCUUUACUUGAGUUGUAAGUUGUUUGCGUUAUGGUAGGCCUAUUGUCAUUAACUACCUAACUGUUUUAACUACCUAACAGUCCCAUAUACACUCAGCUUGUACAACUGAUGUACUCUCGGUUGUGCCAAAAGCAUUGUACAUCAGUUGUACAACUUGAGUGUGUACUGGGCCUGUGACUCCACCACCUGCAUCAUCAAGGUUGUCGGAGGGGGCGGGGCGUCUGUUGAAUCUCGCUCUAAUCCAGACGAGCCAGACUCAUCUUUAGCUCUUUUCCCCUUUGAAGCCCCUGCGAUGGCAACUGCUGAGAGAUUAUUGUUUUUCUAUGCUGUUUCACUACCUUUUUUUUUUGUUCUCUUAUUGAGCAGAUUCGAUGGGAAAGCUUUCAUUCCAAACAAAGACCGUCAAUGAGACUUGGUACAGUCGACCCCAUGCUGGCUCUGCUGGAAAAUAGAGGGUCUU